AUGUUACAGCGAGCAAUAAAAACACCGGCCCUUCGUGGUCUUCUCUCUUCUCUCCGGCCCGCCGCCACUCACUCAAGCUUACAGCCACUCAUCAAUUCACAACUUUCGCAGACGCGGUUAUUGUCUACAGAAGUACGCGCUGCUAUCGACAAGGCUGUAGCAUCAGCUCCCGUGGUGCUGUUCAUGAAGGGAACUCCCGAAACGCCACAGUGUGGCUUCAGUCGCACCACCAUUCAAAUACUGGGCCUGCAAGGUGUAGAUCCAUCCAAGUUCACAGCCUUCAAUGUGUUGGAAGACGAAGAACUAAGGAGUGGUAUCAAAGAGUUCUCCGACUGGCCUACCAUCCCACAACUCUAUGUCGACAAAGAAUUCGUCGGCGGCUGCGACAUCCUGAUCAACAUGCACAAAGACGGCAGUUUGGCGGAUCUUUUGGCGGAGAAGAAGGUGAUUGUGGAAGAAGAUGCCGAACAAACAGACGAUGUCGAGGGCCACAAAGCAGAAGAGGUGAGACAGACCACGGAGCAGAGCACCGGCGGCAGGAGUAAAGAUGCAAAAGGUGAGAGCUCGUGA